AUGUGUUCAUCGCCGAUAUUACCCCGACAUGCAUGGAAUAAAAAUGGUGUUGGUGUUCAGUCCGAAUGCGGAAAACUGGAUGUGGUUCUUAUGCAUCGGCCUGGACAAGAACUUCGUCGGCUGACCAAGACCAACAUCGAACAACUUCUCUUCGACGCAGUUCCAGAUGUUAAUCAAACACAAAAAUCACACGAUGCAUUCGUGAAAUGUCUUCGAACAAAUGGUGUUCAUGUCUUGUAUAUGAAAGAUCUGUUAACUCAAACGCUGGUCAACAGUUACGACGCUUGCCAAACACUCAUCGAUGGGAUCAUUUCGAAUUAUUCGUUGAAAAGUAAACGACAACAAGAAUUGUUAACAGCAGUGCGCCAAUGGUUGGGAAAUCGAACAGCAAAACAAUUAGCUGAUGAUAUUGUCCAUGGUGUCACUCGGACACAUCAUGAGUUAGGCAGUUCUGCUGCGGCACAAACGAUUUUCAAAGAAACGAAUUCAGAUACGGAAUUCAUUAUUCCACCAUUACCAAAUUUGUUGUUCUCCCGUGAUGCGUUCUCAGUCAUCGAGAAAAAUGUCUUCAUUUGGAAUAUGGCUAAACCAGCGCGACGAAAUGAACCGCUUAUCUAUCGUGUUAUUUUUCAAUAUCAUCCUCAAUUAUCAACAUCGGGUCUGAAAAUAGUGGAAUGGCAAACAACUAUUGCUGAACAACAAAUGGCAACAGUCGAAGGUGGUGAUGUGGCCUAUCUAGGGCAAGGUAUUCUCAUGAUCGGUUGUGGUGAACGUACGAAUAGACUGGCUAUUGAAGCCCUCGCCCGAACAGGUGUCUUUGAACAAAUAAUUGCUGUGAUGAUUCCACCACAACGUGAUUACAUGCAUUUAGACACUGUUCUUAGCUCCGUCGGUAAAAAUGCAUUUACCUUACAUGGACCAUUAGCUUAUAAAAUGGAUGUAUUUACCGUCGAAACACAUGAUGAUAACAAUAACAAGUUUAUCAAUCCUAAAUGGAUUUUAUAUGGUUGUGACGUUCGCGCAGCACUUCGAAAAUUAUUAAAUAACAAUAGUUUGAGAUUUUAUGAUGCUGUGGAUGAAGCAACAUCGAUAGAAGAACAACGAGAAUGUCGUCAUAAUGUUGUAGCCAUUGAUGACUAUCAUGUAGUGACUUAUGCUGGUGGUAAUCCCGAGAAAGGUAUAGUUAAUCAAAUGACGCGCAACGGAGCAUGUUCGGUUGAUGUCAUUCCAUCUCAAGAAGAACAACGAGAAUGUCGUCAUAAUGUUGUAGCCAUUGAUGACUAUCAUGUAGUGACUUAUGCUGGUGGUAAUCCCGAGAAAGGUAUAGUUAAUCAAAUGACGCGCAACGGAGCAUGUUCGGUUGAUGUCAUUCCAUCUCAAGGUUUGCUAGAAGGUGGCGGUGGUGCUCAUUGCAUGACAAAUGCUAUUCGUAGACGUUCGGAAUGA